AUGAGUAUGCCAAUGAAACAGCGUGGAAAAAUUAUAUUAGAAUUUCUCACUGAUCUUUUUAUUGAAGCUAAUGCUGAUCUACAUGCCGGUACUCUCACGUCAAAUUGGUGUCGAUUAGUUGAUGAAAUGAGAUUUGUACUUGGCAAGUUCAGUCCAUAUUAUACCCCUGAAAAUGAAUAUAUUCUUGCUAUGACUGAAAAAUCUAAACGAUUUUUCGGGUCAAUAUAUUUGUAUCGUUAA